GGGCGGGGCGCCGUGCCGGGCUCACCGCCUCACACCGGCGGACGACGAGCUCUACCAGCGGACGCGAGUGACGGUGCUGGAGCCGGAGUCCCCCAACACCAUGUUCAUCGAGGGCUACACCAGCCGCGGCUUCACCGUCAGCGGGGACCUGGUGGUGGGGCCCUGCGCCAUCCUGCCCCGCGCCAUCCUCCAGUGGAACGUCGGCUCCUACAGGGACAUCUCGCAUGAGAGCCUGUCGCUGUUCCGGCUGCUGGAGCCCCAGAUAGAGAUCCUGGUGCUGGGCACAGGAGACAGGGUGGAGCGGCUCCACCCCGCCAUGCUGAAGCAGAUGCGGGAGUGCGGGAUCGCUGUGGAGGUGCAGGACACGCCAAAUGCGUGCGCAACCUUCAACUUCCUAACAAGUGAAAAGCGUGUGGCAGCUGCUGGGCUCAUCCCUCCGCGGGGCACCUACGUGGGGAUGUAGGCGCUGCCUGCCACGGCUGCGGGCUGAGCAGCUCUUCGCUUGCCUGCCUGACACCCCUGAGCGUCACCGCUCCCGGUGGAGAAAUGCUGCGGACUAAACUGUCGGAGCUGCGGGCUGGGUGGUGGCUCUGCACACAGGAGGGUGUUGUGAAAUGCACGGGCUCGGCUUUGCCCCGAAGUCCCUGGCUUCUCGGCCUCCUUGCCCAGCCAAGGCUGGGGGCUGCGGGGCACGGCACGAGGCUUGAGCAUUGCUGGCAGUGCCUCACGCACAGCCCUGCCGUUCUGCCGAGGUGGUGCCUGGUGCCUUGGCAGCGAGAAGCCGUUGCCCCAAGGCAGGGCAGAGGCUGGUGGGGUGAGUUGCCGCACACCCACGGGCACGUUUGGGGCUCCACAAGGAAAAUACAUGUAAAUUGAAGUAGAAAGGAAUUGCGUAGUGGUUAAUGCACAGCAGAGGGAGGCUGUUAACACAGCAAUGGUGCGUGUGCUUGCUGCCCCUGCAGAGCUGGCCAGGUGGCG